AUGAAUCUGCAGCCUCCGCAGAAGGCUUCAAAUAAAAGGACCGGGAAGCGGAUUACGUUUUUUAACGAACAGCAAGGCCUCUCGGUGUCUAAUAAAGAGGCACAGAUUAAAGACCAGCAGUUUUAUGGGACUGUGACCAGGCUGCCCAACUCUCAGGCUUCAGAUUACAACAAAUCGGACUGUUAUACUACAUCGGCACAAAACAAUAUGCUGAAUACAGUAAUGUACACCCAGGAGAGACCGGAUGCUAUUCGGAUUAACCAGCAGUCUGUUCCCGGAAAGUGGAAUGUCCCAGAAAGGAGCGACGCUGCCUGGCAGGCUCCACCACAGGGAUUAUGGUCAAGGAACGCUGCGGGUUAUGGCGUUCCAAUGGUAAACGCGUUUUACAACCAGCAGGAGCAAAUCAAGAGAAGUCAGGACAAGGCAGUUGGGGUCUCGCAAAUAGAAAUGUACGAGGGUGCACUUCAACAAAUGAGAUCUCAGAAGGCUCAGCUGGAACAGCAUGCGUUUGCUCGACAACAGGCUCAUUUAAAUUCUAUUUUGCAAGCGCAGCAGCAGCAACAACAACAACAGCACCUGCAGCAGCAGCAACAACAGCAGCAACAAAGUCAGCAUUUAUCUUUGCAGCCCUUUCAAAUGGCAUUUGGUCACCAGGGCCAGAAGCCAGCUCUCUCUGAGCUGUUCCACGUUUUCCCAGAUGCGGCGUCCAACGCGGCGUACGCCGCCCAACAAAAAACCACAGCGCUACCUCAGAUGCAGCUAUUUGAAAACUUCUAUCCAAGUCAGCAACAGCAGCAGGCGACGUACAGCAUGCAACAGGCCGUCUCCAUGGCCCAGUCUCAUGCUGCAGCACAGCAGAAAAUGCACGCGAUAAGUCAACAGCAGCACUCUACUGCGUCGGAGGAAUACAUGAAAGCUGUCGCAGAGCAGAACCAGCAAUGUGUGCCUCCCAAAACUCAGAUCCCUUUACCGAGGAGGUCACGUAGACUUUCCAAAGAGGGGCUUCCUCCUCUGCCGCCUCCUGGAAUUGCCCAGGGGAACCAUCCUUACAGCCAACUUUCAUAUGAGCAGACAAUGCAACAACAGGCGGAAGCCCACGAGCGCUACAAAAAGGGGUUACAACAGCACGCACACAGGGAUCCCCAGAUACCCCCUCAAGACACCCACUAUGGUAAUCCGCCUGAGCAAGACAAGGCCCCCCUGCCUCAGAAUGGCAGAGCAAAGGAGAUGCAGCUGGGGUCUGAGCAGAGCACGGUUCAGCAGGUCGGUGUUGGUGGUGUCACAGGAGGAGUGAUACAAACAGUACGAAGAAGGCGUCGAAUAUCCCAGGAAGCCAAUCUAUUUACUUUGGCACAGAAGGCAGCGGAGAUGCCAUCUUUAGAAAACACUAAGGUAUGAUGAUGGUAUAAAAAUAUCAUAAAUGUAAAUUAGGUUCAUGUUAUUGUCUGUUUGUUAGAAUUUGGUUUACCUAAAUUACCAUGUGGGUCUUUCUUCAAGGCAUGAAUGAAUACAUUUUCCAAGGAUUAUGUAAUUGGACUAUUGGUAUAUCAUUUUAUAAACAAUGUGUACCAUGUUUAUAUGCAGUAUAUAAUAUGUCUGUGUAAACAUCAGGGAGCAUUCUAGCUUCAGAAGUUAUGUAAAAAAACCAAAUUAUUAUGAUAAUAUUAAUUUCUUGGUAAAGCUUAAUGUAAACCCUGUGUUUCGAUGAAGUGUGAGUUUCUUUAAAUAUCAUUAUGGACAGAAAGGAAGCAAUGGUUUAGCAAUUGCAGUAGCCAUUUAUAACCUGGUACUGUUGCCGUUGAAAGGUCAGUCACCCACCAGCUGAUGUUUGGACUUCAAUUCCCAGCAUCCUUCUUAGACUGUGUCUGUGACCACACAUUAAAUGUGCCAUAGUAAAAGUAGCCAAAAUCCAUCACCGGUAGGAUGGAGACAGUUUCUCCUUAGAGUCGACCUAUUUUAAAGCUCAGUCAUUGCACCCAUCAUCUGCUCACAGCAGGAGUUUUUCAUUGUAGCAACUGCACCUCUUGAAAGUUAAAAAUAGAGGAAGGAGUGAAACUGCACUUGAUGGAAAUUUGGCAUUUGACCAUGAAAUCCAAAAUAGUUCAUCUCAUUGCAUAAGCUAGUGUUGACGUUGGUACAUCCUUUGCAAAGUGUUUAUGAGAACUGCCACUGAACGCUUGUCUUGCCUCGACACUCAAAUGUUAGUGAUGUCCAUUUUCCACAGUUCUCAUCCUUAAAAUACAGAUAAGAGCUGAGCCCCCAUCGUUACAUAGAAUGGGACCUGGCACCAAGAUGUUAUCUCUUUGCUGGUGAAGGUAGACCAAAAUAUAUAACCAGAAGGACCCCUAUGAUCUGCAAGUGGGCAGUCAGUGCAUGUCAAGAUAGGAGAGAGAGGUUUUGGGAUCCCCUUGUUCUCCUGUGUGUUGAUCCUGUGUGACAUUACUGAGAUGAUGUGAUGUGAUAUAAUUCCAUUUUGGGAACUGUGAGUGAUAGGAUGUCAUGCAGAAAAUCAAGGAGUUUCAAAAAGCUGUGUCCGAUAUUGCAGCACACAGAAACGGCUUGUUACACCACGGACAGGAUGCUAUAUCUCCUGAUCCCCUCACCAACAACAGAGGUGAGCACUAAAGGAAUUAGUGGAAGUGUGAGUCUGUAUGUGUGUGUGUGUGUGUGAUUGUCUAUGUAUGCGUACGGGUUUAAAUAGUUGCAUAUUUGUGUGUUUGUAAGAGUGGCUAAUUAUGUAUGAGUGGCUAAUUGUGCGUGUGUGUUUGUGAGAGUGGUUAAUUGUGUGUGUGUGUUUGUAUGGGUGGCUAAUUGUACAUUUGUUUUUGUAUGAGUGGCUAAUAGUGUGUGUGUGUUUGUAUGAGAGGCUAAUUUUGUGUGUGUAUAAACAAAUAAUUGUGUGUUUAAUGUUUAUUAGGCAUUUUAUGAGAGCGUGCCUGUGUGUAUGUGUUAUUAACCCUUUGAGUCAAAGAGAAAUGCCCAAUUCAUUACAUCACAGGCAAUCAAUUGACUAGUAAAACACUUUCACAGUUCUUGGAUUGUAGCUGAAUGUAUCAAGCUCUGUUCUUGGUAGCAUAUUGCCACAAUGUAUCUGUAAGAAACCAAGGUUAAAGUCAUUCUAAUGCUAUUUUAUGCCGAAAUUUAGGAAAAUCAAUAUUUUUAUGUAGAAUAAACCAUACAAUUCUAAACUGUAUCACUUGUGUUCUAUUAUAAUAUCAGGAAGUAUUACUUUACUGAGAGGGUAGUGGAUGCAUGGAAUAGCCUUCCAGCUGAAGUGGUAGAGGUUAACACAGUAAAGGAGUUUAUGCAUGCGUGGGAUAGGCAUAAGGCUAUCCUAACUAUAAGAUAAGACCAGGGACUAAUGAAAGUAUUUAGAAAAUUGGGCAGACUAGAUGGGCCGAAUGGUUCUUAUCUGCCGUCACAUUCUAUGUUUCUAUAAUAUUUUCACUCCAUUUGACAUACUACUCCAAGUGUACUUCUACUCAUUGUUCUGUUUUGUGCAGGAAGGAGACGCCGGAGAGAAGAGGAAGAAAUCUCCAUCCAAGAGCAACGAAGAAUUCCUGGGUUCUUUGUCCAACAAGAAGGCCAGAGGAGACACUUACAAACCAUUGAUCAUUCCUGUCUCGGUACCAGUGAAAAUGGACACUGGUAGGGGAAAGUGGGAGGAAGAUAGGAUGCAGGGGACGGCAGCCUCUGAGAUGGACAUUUCACUUUCUAAACCUUCAGUGAUAGUCACGCGGCACAGAGCUGGCCACACAAAUCUCUCAGAGUCUAUAUUACAGGUGAGAAUUGCAAUCACUGGCUAGUAUUAAUACACCGCCCUUCUGAUUGAUUGUGCCUGCUUGGAAGUAACUGUGAAUUGUGAAAUAAGUGUAGCAAGCAUACACCUCCAUUCACUUGGAGGUUGAGUUUUAACAACUUAAAGAGGAGCUUGCACGCUUCUAUUCAUUUUUAUUUUAAGCAGGUAUUUCCAAUCUUGACUCUCCAGUUUAUUUGCAUUUUACAGAAUUGCCUACUUCGGUCUAGUUAAAAUCCAUAAAAAUAUGUCCUUUCAAAUCUAAAUUGUGUAAUAUUAUUACCUUCUCUAACAGGGCCAUUCAAUAAAGUGGGAAUUCAUAGUGGAUAUCAAAUUUCAGCCUAUUUUGUCCUAAAUUUGACAUUGUUUGAAUUUCCACCAGGUUGACAUUAGUGUGUAACCCUGUCUGAAGCUGCAGUCUCGUAGCUAUUUAAGUUUGAUAAAUCACUAUAAAGGUUGAUUUGUAUACAGUGUGUAUAUGGUAGGUUCUGUUGUAAUAAAUACCAUUAUUUCCCCCCCCCAAAAAAGGGUAAUGAAAGCUCUCCGGCAUCUGAAGGGGAGGUAUCCACCAAGAAACCCAAGCAACGUCCUCGACCAGAACCAUUGUUUAUCCCACCUCCGAAGCCUGGUACCUUCGUUGUGCCCGUUGCGUACUCCAACAUUACCCCAUACCAGAGUCACCUCCGCUCUCCGGUGCGUGUCCCCGACUACAUUGGAGACCGCAAUUUUGAGCUGCCACCUUACACGCCUCCUCCCAUUCUUAGCCCGGUACGUGAGGGCUCUGGACUUUACUUCAAUGCCAUCAUGUCUGCCAGCUCUAAUUCAAUGCCCCCGCCGAUCACUCCAAAGAGCUCCACGAGAACCCUGCUGAGAUCCAGUAAGUGUUUUUAAAAUUGUUUCAUUGUAACAUAAAGACACAUCUGUUGUGCAAUAACUAGUCUGUAUGCACCCAGAUAUUUAAUAAUGUUUUAUGUGCUAUUGCCACUGAAAUGGUAAGGAGGUUUUAUAGGGGUUGGACGGUGUGAGACCCAAUAAGGCAAAUGCUCUGGUAAAGAAGACUCAACACUGAGGUUGAAGUGCAAACCUGGUUCCCAAAAGUACAAUGAGUUGAUAAUUGACAUAGUCAAUGAAAAAUGUCCGCUACGGGAUCAUAGAUUCCUAGCGUAUCCCAGAUAGCAAGGUUGCCAUUUACAAUAAAUAGUGUGGGGAAAUAUUAGAAUAAUUGUGUAGUCCCUGUAUUAAAUGUAAUAAAUUAAGUGCCUGUUUAAAAAAAAAAAAAAAAACACACACCCACACACCACCACCCCAGUAUGUACUUUGCAGGAGCCAGAUGUUAAAAUUCAUUUUAUUUUGUGUUUGUAUAUAUAUUUAAUAAAAUAAAAUCUGAAGCCCCUUUUCUCUGUCUGAAUGGCAGCCACUGGAGGUGUGAGGAUUGCAAAAUGUAAAGUGUGCCAUUUUCAGAAAUAGCUCUGUUUUCAACAGGAAAGGUUCAGAGCAGCAUCUGUGACCCAAAAUCACUUCAUCAAAAUGAAAUUAAUGCUUAGACUCUCCCUUUAAAAUAUUCUUGUACUCAGGGCAAAAGUUGCAUGUAUCAAUAAAUAAAUAAAUGAGAAAAUGCGUUUAAUUUGUAGUUUUGCCUCCUGAUACAUUCCAAAAUAUUUGCCUACUUUUAUAUUCUAUUAUGUUCUAAAAUUUCCUUUUCGCAAUAAUCUAUUAACCAUCCGUCUCUUUGCUCCUCAGAUAGUGUGGAUGAAAUGCCGCCUUUGCUCACAGCAAUGGGAGAAGCCACACCAGUUAGCAUUGAACCGUAAGUUUGCUGUGUAUAAAACGUUGCCUUGUGUGUAAUCUAUUACAUUUCUAUUUUAAUAAUACAUUUAAAAUAUAGGUAGGGAAAUUAGUAAACAGGAUAUUAUGCUAAAAUAAAAUGAGGGGUUUGUAUGAAAAAUCUGCUAUAAGCCCCUGUCCUUCCUGUUGGAAUUUAAUAGGCGGUAUGAUGGCUAAAUGCUGUAGCUGAACGACCCAACUGAACUUUUGGUAAAAGUGUCAUUGUGUGUUGGUAUCCCCAAAUACUGCAUUAGUACCGUGUGCUGUGUAUACAUGUCUCCUUACAUUGAUUUUCUAGUGUGUGCAUGUUGUUUGAUGUCACGAGAGUCCUAAAGGGUUAAAAGUUGUAUUUUUUGUUUACAUGAUCCAGGGUAGAUUCUUUGGAAGAAAGGUCAAGUUUUAUUUUUAUUUUUUUGUUACGUAAAAAAUGUGUGUGAAACGUACAGUGAAAUAUGCCUUCAGGUCUUCCUUGGACGGCUGUUUAACUGAGAGACCUCAAAGGUGUUUAAAGGAAUUUACUUAUUUAAGGUUUAUUGUCUAAACCAGGGAUAGGCAACCUUAAACACUCCAGAUGUUGUGGACUACAUCCUCCAUAAUGCUCUUACAACCUUAAUGCUGGCAAAGCAUCAAGGGAGGUGUAGUACAAAACAUCUGGAGUGCCAAGGGUUGCCUAUGCAUGGACUAAACAGUGUGUUGUGGUCAGCUGGUCGGCUGAACUAUAAGUCGUUUAAAUAGAUAGAGAAAGGGAACGUGUGUUACACAGGCUGAAGAGAGACAAGUCCAUCAAGUUCAGUCUUUCUCACAUCUGUGUUUUGCUGUUCAUCCAAAAGAAGGCAACACACCCAGUUUGAAGCACUUCACAUUUUUUAACAAACUAGGAAAAAAACGCCUUCUUGACCCCAGAAUGGCAGUCAGAUUAAUCCUUAGAUCAAGAAGCUAUUACACCACAAUUUAAAAAGUCAAGCCGUAGUCCACUAGCCAGACUUUAAAUGUGUUCACCCACUGGCUGCCUAGAAAGUCCAUGGGGCACUCACCAGGGGUGAAUGGCUAGUAACGAAUAGAAAUUUGAGUGCUGCUUAAAAACCAUCUCAGAUUUGGGCUGUAAUAAUCCGUCGUUCAGUGUAGCUCAAGGUUUUCACUUGUUUCAACUAGGAAAAGUAUCACACAUGUCCCAUAAAUUUUGUUGACUGAAGCUAAGGAAUGUGGCCAUCUGUUCGUUAAAGGGUACCUGUCACAGUACCUGAAACUUAUGCUUAUUUUAAAGAGCAUUAUGUUUCAUCUAUAAAUUGUGGUAGCAAAUGUUCUAUGGUAACUCCCUCGCCUACGCUGCUAGUAUGAGAAUUCUCCAAAAUUACCCAAUUGUACAAUGAUUGUGUAUUCCUGUUUCCAAUCAUUUUCAUCCACUGUAUUAAAAUAUUUUGGAGGUUUACAGUGGUACUAGGUUAUUUUAUUUCAAACUGCAAAAUAAAUAUUUUUUACUAAUUCACUCACUCCUUUUAUUAGAGCAGCUAUUGAUUAGAAAUAUAUUGUUUGGUCUAAUGUAUGUAGGAGAGACUUUUAUUUUUCAUCAGGAAUAAUUCUAUAAACGUCUUAUACUAUAAAGGUUGUGCCAUUUUCUUUUUCAUUUAAUUCUUGAUUGUAGUAGUUUGUUAUUCUGUCAGUCUCUACGUGUGUGUUGUUAGAACCGCUCUAUACAUUAAAUGUUGUUUUUUACUGCUACACAAUUGCAUUAAUGCAGUAUGAAGUCUGAAGUCUGAAACGUGAUCAUAUGCAUGUCAAGCUGGGAACUCUGGGAAACUCGUGUAAACAUGAUUUCUCGAGUUUCUGUGCUCAAGGGGGUCUUUUCAAAGUCCAACUUGAGAUAUGCAGGUGAUGCACAACAAUAUUUUUUGUAAUCCUUGUUCCGACAGAUAAUGCUCAGUUUUACACUGAUUGUCUAAGGCAGUGGCUCUCAAUCCAGUCCUCAAGUACCCACUAACAGUCCAGGAUUUGGGGAUUAACCAGUUGUGUUUAAGGUGUUUUUAGAAAAAAUGGGUAACCCCUAAAUUCUGGACUGUUAGGGGCUACUUGAGGACUGGGUUGGGAUCCCCUGGUUUUAGGGGAUGAUGUACAAUUUUAGGGAUCUGGGAACAGUGGUGUCCAGCCUUGGCCCUUGUCAUCCUAAUGUUGGUUACUAGUAAUGCCCUGAACGGUUCGCCGAACGGUUCGCCGCGGACUCAUCAUUGAGUAAACUUUGACCUUGUACCUCACAGUCAGCAGACACAUACCAGCCAAUCAGCAGCAGACCCUCCCACCUCCUGGACAGCAUCUAUUGUGAAGCUGCAUUCUUAGUGAGUUGUCCAGGAGGUGGGAAGGUCUGGGAGGGAGGGUCUGCUGCUGAUUGCCUGGAAUGUGUCUGCUGACUGUGAGGUACAGGGUCAAAGUUUACUCAAUAAUGAGUCCGCGGCAAACCGUUCGCGAACCGUUCGGGACAUCACUAUUGGUUACCUUAUCUUCAUUAAUGGGACUUUCAGACUAGCAGCUUCACAGAGUGAUCUAAAAGUCCCAUCAGUGUUGUGAAAUGUGUUGUCUAGCCACAGCCGUGGGGCUAAAGCUGAACACAUGAUAUAGAAUGUGGAGAAGAAGCAUUUAAUAUAAAAUAUGAGAUAUUGAAGGACUAAGGUAGACAAUAUUGCGAUGGAUAUAUAGAUAGAUGUGUAAGACUUGAUACAUUUCUUUAGAGUAUAUGAAUUAUAAUAAAUCACUUUUAUGUAGAGAUUGUUUUUAUUAAGCCCCAUUUUGGUGGUUUAGCACUUUGUUCCAUGACCUGGCGAGAUAUUCACAAUUGUCUCCUUCUAAAAGGCGUAUCAAUAUUGGAUCGCGGUUCCAGGCCGACAUCCCUGAGAUCAGAAGCAGAGCUUUAGCGGCUGGUGAUGAGUACAAAGCGGAUUUGGUUUGGUGGCCGUGGCAGGAAUCUGAGGACACCAACAGUAAAGGUGAGUUAAUGGGAUCAGCAGCUAGGGAGACACGUGACACCAGGUAAUUGUAAGGUGUACACAUAGCUUAUGUAAAGGUUUUGGAGGGGAGACCUAGAAUCCAAUUUGAGGCAGCAUUUUAUUUGCUUAUUAUUACAGAAAUAAAAUCCGGAAGUUGUUUUUCUCUUCUUUUAAUUGGUUUACGGUGGUUUCAUUCACUAUCAGCAUUUUAUCGAAAUGUCUAAAAUCUUAUUGAAAUCCACAUCAAUUAUAAUUCGUAUCUACAAAUUGUGCCACACUUUCCUAAGAUAGGUUUGAAAUUUAGACUCUGUUUCAGGAAUUGUGUUGGGAGACUGGUGAGUCACGGCCAGGGGAGGUGUGGCUAACCCUGCAUAAACAAAGUGAGUUAUCUCCUAAAUAGCAGAAAAUCGAUUCCUAAGACUGCAGAGGCAUGAUCUAUACACCAAAACAACUUCAUUAAGCUAAACUGGUUUUGAUACUAGAGUAUGCCUUUUAGUGUCAAACUUGUACAUCAUGGUAAUUAUCAUUUGGUGAGGAAUAACUUGUAGGACUAGCUCUACAGUUCUAUUGUUGACUUCUUGAUGUGCAAUAAGGUCCAUUCCCACCGGGAUUUAAAGCUGUAACUCCACCUAGAUUGUGACAUACGAAGGUCGAUCUGCGAACCUACACCUAUCACCACACUCCUAUUAACUCUGAAUCCAUUUGACCUUGUCUAUAUUGUCCGUCAAAGGUUAGAUAUUAUUGAUGUUUAUGCUUUGUAAGAUGAGGGAUCGGUCCGUGUAGUAAUUUAGGACAUAGAAUGUGGUGAUCAUCUUCUGACGGCUUGAUUUCUUCCUUUAACAGUGGUGGACGAGUUACUUACAGCAGCGUGUUCCAAUAUCUUACCAGGAGGGGGCACCAAUCAGGAGCUGGCACUACAUUACCUUCACGAGUCAAAAGGGAACAUACUGGUAAGAGAGAUACUUUUACAAAAACUACACCUAUAACAAAAGUACAACCAACUCCUAUUGUAAUCAAAUGAACUGAAGAUAGACCUACGGCCGAUUUUCAGUAAGCAAAAUGGAUACUUUGGCAAACAUCGACUGUGAGAAUAAUAAAUUGUUAAUUUGUUAUUGUGUAUUUCUAUACUGUCACUGUUUCCUAGGACUGGAUACAUUGAGUAAAGCAGGGGUGUCAAACUGCACCCCCCCCCAUUUAUUAUUGGGCUACAGUUCAUGGAAUUCUCAAUAAUCUGCAGGUUUAUCAACCUUGAAAUUAAUCUGAUUGGAGCAAGACUAUAUUUUCCUCAUUGUGUGCUUAUAUGUAUAUUAAUUUACUGGACAUAACUUGCCUACAUUAUUUUUCUACAUAAACCUAGAUUUAUUUCUGCAUGAGGAAUACUGAUUGGGCACAAUAUAUAGUCCCCCGUUGCAGCAUUUCACCAUUAAUUUAUGCCAAAACGUCAGGGUUGAUUAACAAACUGUGAAUUGUCAGAUUCUAAAGUAAAUUCAAAGUGAAUUUUAGAUAUUGCUCUUUAACACAUGCAGUCACCGACAGAGCACAUUCUGUGUAUGGAAGCUGUCCGCAUGCAGUGAUAACAUUAAUAGGUGUUAGAAUACGACGCCUCCAGUCCCGAUAGCAGAUAAUGGCUUGGAAAAUGUGUUGGUGCCUAAUUAUAUUUAGAGACCAGUCUGUUUAUUCUCACCCUUGUGUUUUUCAGGCUGCCCUUACAAAGCUGCUUCUUAAGAAACCACGGCGGCAUAAAUGCCAUCCUUUGGCGAACUAUCAUUACUCCGGUAAGGAGCUAUGUUUGAUCACUUAAUUGAAAUUUAAGCAAUGGAGAAGGCUGUCUUCAAAGGCUCCCUUUCUGUUAAAUGUCCCUAGUUUACCGACAUUUUGAAAUAUCUAGAAUUGCACGAAUUUUCGUGUAUGUGUCAAUACAUGAGUCAGUAGGCUAAAGAUAAACCCAUGUGUUGCAGAGCAUAGCCGAUCCCCCGACUCCAAGCACUAUGACCAAUUCAGUGAUUUGAAGUGGUUAUGGUGCCUGGAGUCUGUAUGUUAAACGCUGCACACACUGGGUUUACAGGCUGUUUAAUUUCAAUUCUGUACGUAUUUCUAUGCUUAGAGUUGCAUUCCUUGGCUGAGAAAAGUCCGCUGAUGUUCAACCAGCGAGAUUCUUCUCCUAUAAUUGUAUUGGUGAUCACUCGGCGUAGUAGUCGUGUGCUCCAUGAAUAAUCCCUGGACAUUCCAUGGACUGGAUUGUACUAGACGACUCAGCUGGAGAGUAAAUAGCAAAUUAGCAGCAAGGUUUUCUAAUUGUCAUAACAUGUAACACUUUUCCCAUUCAGGAUCUGAUCGAUGGUCUUCUUCUGAGAAGAGGCUUUUUAAUAAAGGAAUGGCCAUCUACAAAAAAGACUUUCUGCUGGUCCAGAAACUGGUACGUGAUGUCCUUCUCAUCAAAAGUACUUUAAAUUGAUUGAAUCAAGUAAACAUCUUCAUGAAUGUCCCCAAAUUCCAAGCUUGUUUAUUUGCCUUUACAUGGUUUGGGUUUCCUUUGGUCUUAUUUUUAAAAUUAUUAAGGUUAUUCAAUAGAUUUUAGACUGAAACAAAUAAAAAUCGGAAUUGUAGCCAAGAAGUUGGAAAAUGACUCCUAAUUAGCUAUGCUGGUCCUUCAUGUUGCCAUCUGGAUUUUAAUUUGUUGCAAUAUAGACUUUGGGAAACAUGCUCACGUGGGUAUUUACUAGUCAUUAUUUGUGGAAAGUCAUGAAUCUCUGAAUAUGCAAAUUUAAAUCUAACUCUCGAUCAGUAUUGUGGAUUUUUUGCUGAUGUCUGGAUAAAAUUCAGUUAAAUUAACAGAAUAUCAUCUGGUUGUGCAGUUGCCAUGUUUACAGAAGCAAAUAACCAACUGUUUGUGUGGGCUUUAAAAUCAGGAAUUCUUAUAAGUGAAUACUUUAGGGAAGUGAUGGCAAAUGUUUUUGAGCCCAAGUGUCCAAACCGUAAUAUAAACCAACCUUUUUUCCUCAAAGUGCCAAUACGGCAAUUAAACCUGGAUACCGAGGUUUACGUUUUGAAAAAACAACUCGUACAAUUGUCCGAACUAAUUAACAUCUUUUGUUUUAAAAGAACACUGCGUAUAGGAGGGGCAGUGUGUGUUUGUGUGAGGGGUGUAGUGUGUGCAUGGGAGUGCAGUGUGUGUCUGGGGGUGUAGUGGGGGCAGUGUGUGUAUAGGAGGGGCAGUGUGUGUUUGUGUGAGGGGUGUAUGAGAGUGCAGUGUGUGUCUGGGGGUGUAGGGGCAGUGUGUGUUUGUGUGAGGGGUGUAUUGAGUGCAGUGUGUGUCUGGGGUGUAGUGGGGGCAGUGUGUGUAUAGGAGGGGCAGUGUGUGUUUGUGUGAGGGGUGUAGUGUGUGCAUGGGAGUGCAGUGUGUGUCUGGGGGUGUAGUGGGGGCAGUGUGUGUAUAGGAGGGGCAGUGUGUGUUUGUGUGAGGGGUGUAGUGUGUGCAUGGGAGUGCAGUGUGUGUCUGGGGGUGUAGUGGGGCAGUGUGUGUUUGUGUGAGGGGUGUAUUGAGUGCAGUGUGUGUCUGGGGGUGUAGUGGGGGCAGUGUGUGUAUAGGAGGGGCAGUGUGUGUUUGUGUGAGGGGUGUAUUGAGGGCAGUGUGUGUAUAGGAGGGGCAGUGUGUGUUUGUGUGAGGGGUGUAGUGUGUGCAUGGGAGUGCAGUGUGUGUCUGGGGGUGUAGUGGGGGCAGUGUGUGUAUAGGAGGGGCAGUGUGUGUUUGUGUGAGGGGUGUAGUGUGUGCAUGGGAGUGCAGUGUGUGUCUGGGGGUGUAGUGGGGCAGUGUGUGUUUGUGUGAGGGGUGUAUUGAGUGCAGUGUGUGUCUGGGGGUGUAGUGGGGGCAGUGUGUGUAUAGGAGGGGCAGUGUGUGUUUGUGUGAGGGGUGUAGUGUGUGUAUGGGGCAGUGUGUGUUUGUGUGAGGGGUGUAUUGAGUGCAGUGUGUGUCUGGGGGUGUAGUGGGGGCAGUGUGUGUAUAGGAGGGGCAGUGUGUGUUUGUGUGAGGGGUGUAUUGAGGGCAGUGUGUGUAUAGGAGGGGCAGUGUGUGUUUGUGUGAGGGGUGUAGUGUGUGCAUGGGAGUGCAGUGUGUGUCUGGGGGUGUAGUGGGGGCAGUGUGUGUAUAGGAGGGGCAGUGUGUGUUUGUGUGAGAGGUGUAUUGUGUGCAUGGGAGUGCAGUGUGUGUCUGGGGGUGUAGUGGGGGCAGUGUGUGUAUAGGAGGGGCAGUGUGUGUUUGUGUGAGGGGUGCAGUGUGUGCAUGGGAGGGCAGUGUGUGUAUGGGUGUGCCAUAGGUUCGUCAUCGCUGCUUUAGGGAAUAUAGGACUUCCAUAUGUAUUGUUUAUCUGUCAACAUAUGCAUAUUUCCCUUUAUUGCUGUUAGCAUGUGUUAGAAUUGGUCAUCAUCCGCCUGCAGCCACAUAAUGGCUAAUUCUGUUGAAUCUGAAUAUUUAUUGGCAUAUUUCUACAAUUAACUAAUAAAUUUCAGCUAUUUGGUUGCACCUGGACUGGCCGAAAUUCAGAAUAAAUUCAAGGUAAUUUGGAGGCUACUUUCCAAAAUUUGGACAAUAAGUCUUUUAAGCAAUUUCCAGAUUUUGUAGUCUUCCCCCUGAGGGUCCCGAAUUAGUUUUAAGACUAUAGUGAAUAAUCUUGUUGGGAUUUCCAUACUUUGAAUAGAAUUGUGAUAUUUUGGGGCCAUGUUUUUAGCAGAUACCAAAUAGAGCAAAUAUAUUAAUCUAGAAUUUAGUGAAUACCUUUUUAUAAUUUUGUUUUCCAAAGAAAAUAUAUUUCUGUAAAGCUUUUCUUGCGUACUGAGGUCCAUUAAUCUUAUCUUGUCUUCCUUCGCUCUAGAUAAAAACAAAGACUGUGGCGCAAUGUGUAGAGUUUUACUAUACCUACAAAAAGCAGGUAAAGAUCGGGCGCAAUGGAAUGUUAAUCUACGGAGACGUAGAGGCUUCCGGGGAUGAGAAAAACCCCAGAGAAGAUUCGGAAGUUGAUAUAAAGGUAUUUGUAAUAACAGAUUGUAAAAAUCACAUUCAGACCAAUUUUCUAGAUCCUUCCUUAUUACUGUAAACACACCAUUCGAGGUCCGGAUUCUUCUCACCUGGAUUCUCAAUGGCAAGACCUUCAGCAGACCUGUCCAGAUGUCAUGCAGUUUAGUUGGAGCGAUUAUUCCUUUGUCUACAUUGUUGGGAUUGCUAGAGACUGGGCAUUAGUUCACAAGGUAUCAUAUUGACAGUCGUGCCCUCCUUGUAUGGAGCAGUAGACGGGAACACAAUGUUAUAUCUCCCUGCACCAAACAUAUUGUAGAAAGGCACAUGAUAUCAAGUGUAGCGCAUGUCUUGGAAUCUGGCCAGAUUUGUGGCUUUCGUCACUUUCAGUGCUUACACUUGCAUGUAGCUAAUGUUUAUACACAAGAGAUGGGAGAGUGUACGGGGGAAGAGGCUCUGUCUGAAGGGCAUAUAUUGCACCACCUCCCGUGUCAUAUUACAAGAAUAUUCAAUGCUAACGGCAGCUUGACAUUGCUUUAAGAAUGUCAUUGCUGUGCGAUUAAUCCGCAAAAAUACUUUGCUGUGUUCUACAUAAUCGUAAAACUCUUGCAAAGACUUUCUUAUGCGUAAGGUUUAUUAAUGUCUGAGCUGAUGUGUCCUCCACUAUAUAAUAUGAUCAUUGCUUUGGGAAUGAAAUGUGAGCAUGAUAGUGGCAGUCUUGGCACGGGACUUAGCUUGGCUUAAAGGGCAACGGUCACCGUAACAACUUCUUUGUUAAUAUGAGGAUCCUUUGAUCAAGUUUUUACAGGAAAGGUAUUAUGUGUACAAAAAUAAAAAAGAGCGGAAAAUCUCAUCCCUACCUUUAGUAGAGAGAGAGAGGAUAAUUCAGUCUGUUUGAAACCCUUUAAAUAGUUUCUAUGGUCUUCCCUGCUUCACUCCCUGCAAAGUGCAGUGACGUCAUGACACCGACUGUCACAUACAAACAUUGUCCAACCCAAGGUGCAUGUAUAUGGUUGAAGGAUCCUGUCAUAUACUAAAGGUAGGGAUGAGAUUUCCCCCCCCCCUCUCUCUUUUUAUAAAUAAUUUUCCUUUUUUAAAAUGUAUCUACUUGAUGACUGGAUCACACACACACAUAUAUAUAUAUUUUUUUUUUAUUUUUUUUUGAGGUGACGGUUCUCCUUUAAAUGCAUUGAAUAUACAUCAGAGCAGGCCAAUUCAUUGACACUCUGAAAUAAUACCAGCUCUUUCUUAAAGGUUCAGUCUAAGCACCAUAAGCACUUUAUACUCUUGCAACGUGAAUGAUGCUUAGAGCCCCCUGUCAGAGAAUGACUUAUAACGGCAGCAAUCUGUAAAAAUCCCCACCAGAUUAUGACAGCCCAUGAGGUCAGUCAAUAAGGAAUUUUCUAGAAUGUCUAGGUUCAUGUUGCCUUAUAUAAAUCUUGUGCCUGUGCAUGCCAUACACACAAAACAGAAAACCUUGGAGAGAGCUGAGCCACAAACUGAGCUUUGCUAUUGGCUUUCUCGGUUCACUAAACGUGGUAUGGCUGCUAUCCAUUUAUAAUGCAGUUAGUUGUCUCAUGUGGUAACUAUGGGUAGGGGAUGUGACUGAUUCCCCUAUCCCUGGAUUGUCAUCCUUUUUAUUUUGACUCAUUUGUUACACUGGGUGGUUCGGUAUAUGGGAUUCACCAAACACUUGGGACCCCUGUAGUUCGCAUACCAUCUAGAGGAGUUGUGUGUUGCUCAUUGGCCCUUGUAACCACAAUUAUCACAACGUUCUAAGUGGUCGGCUGGGUGGUCGCCACUCGUAUGUACGAACACGUGGCAGCGGCCAUCUUUAGCCGUCGAGUGCAUGGAACUAUAAUCGGACAUCGCUGAGACUUCCAUCUCCACACACGUUUAGUUCUAUUUGUCUGGGAAGAGCGGCGUUCGGUUGAACCAGAUUCCCAAACGAGGGGCACACGACGAGUGUACUCACAAACUGUUAUAUUCGUGAUUUUAUUGUAUUUGGUACUCUCGAAAGAGACUGAAUACACAGCCUGUAUCUAUGGAACUCUUUUGGCAGGCACCUUGUGUGUGGUCGGUCUAAACUAUAACCCAGUGGCGUUUCGGCUGCUUUCGUGGGAUCUGAGCGCUUUUUGGAUAUGUUGUGCGCUCACCCUAGCGCUUUUUGGAUAUGUUGUGCGCUCAGAUCCAGGCUAUACGGGGAUAUAGGACUUGAGGGGGUACCAUACUUGUUAAAUAUGUAUUUUAGGGUGUUUUUGUUAUACAUGUCCUGGACCUGAGAGUUAUUGUAAUUAUUUGUGUGCUUUGCUGUAGUGCCCCUGGAAUAUGUAAUAAGAAACCUUUUGCAUAUAAGGCCAGUUUGGCUUCCAAUAAAUCAGUUCCUGCUUACCCUCAACAUAGAAUCUCAUCUCAUGUUUGUAGGGAACAGCUAUACUAGCUAUAACGUGUGUUUGGAUUAUCGUGCUCUGGGUUGUGAUAGCAUCACUCUGAAUAGGGGAAAAGAACAUCCUUGCGGCGAGACCCCCUCUUCCUCUCGGGGUGACCACCACAGAGGAUAAACUACUUAUCCCACAAGCCUCUGCAGUAGGUUUAUGGGAUAUAGGAUAAGAUCAGCCCCCCUAUAUCAGAAUGAAAAACUCCUGUAGAAUGAGGGAUAAGUAACUUUGUUUAUAUCUAAUUUUUAUUUAGGUUUUGAUUUUGCAAUAUAUUUUUUAUGCAUUAUGUUUAUAAUACAUUAAAGCACCACUAUAGGCACUCAGACCACUUAAGCUCAGUGAAGUACCAGAUCCCCCUAGUUUUACCCCUGCAGCUGAAAACAUAGUUUCAGAGCUUCCGCGAUCCUCAAUGCGAAAAUCGCGGUUUUCUACGGCCGCGCAUGUGUAUUCGGAGCGGACAUCAGCAGGGGGAGCCCGGCGCUGGAUUAAGGUAAGUGGCUGAAGGGGUUUUAACCCCCUUCAGCCCAGCAGGAGAAGGGGACCUAAUAACCCAAGUUUGUUUUCCUGGCACUACAGUGUUCCUUUAAACAAUCUAGGGCCAUUUUAUUUUACUAAACUAAUCCUUUAAUUACUAUGUUUUUAAUACAAAUGGCUGUAAUUUAUUUUUCUCUGAAUGUACUGUGAUUGGCAAAGCAGAAUAAUACGGUAGCAUGUUCUUGUGUAUCAUAGAAUUUAUAGAAUCAAAAAAACAGAAAACAGAACUCACCCUAGCAAUUUUUUUCCCCUCCCCUUUCUGUGUGCCAGAGCUCACAGCGAGUUGCACCUGCUGCCCCUCUUAGAAGAGAGCCCGUGAAAGAGGAAACAGUAGAAGCCCCCAUCAUGGACACACAUUCACAGGUGACGGUGAAUCAAGUAAAGAUAGAGGUGAAAGAGGAAGAGGAGAAGAAGGUUUCUCCCCCAAUCAAGAUCACACAAACACUGGAAGCCAGUGAAAUAGUAAGUGGUUUUUGUACUCUUUUAUGAAUUUCUUACUUUCCUGUCUGCAUUAUGGGGUUUGAAACUUGCUGUGAAAGCGUGUGCAUUGUGCGAUAUAAAGGCUUAUUAAAGGACACCGCAGGCUGGGGAUUAUUCCCAUGUGGAGGAAAGAAAUCCCUGCCUACAUUUGAUAUGAACAUAGCCGAAAUGGGUGUAUCCAAAGCUUGCUGUCAUAGCGUUUUGCAUAUGCGUUGGCAUCCUAACAAAUUCUUAUUGUAUCCCUGUUGCUUCACUUGUCAUAGAGUUCUGCUUAUCAAACAAUGACUUGUCAACAAUUGAUCUGCACAACUUUAAGGGACACUAUAGUCAUUCGGACAAAUACAGCUUAAUGUAGUUGUUGUGGUGAGUAGAGUCAGUUUCUGCAGGCCUUUUAAUGUAAACACUGUCUUUUCAGAGAAAAGGUAGUGUGCACAUUACAUCCUCAGAUGGCCACUACAGGUGCUUCCUGGGGCCGUGAUGCACAGUGGCAGCACUGCUGUUCAGCGUCUUCAUGUUUUGCAGCGCAUAUGCAAUAGCCUCCCAAUGCUUUCCUAAGGGAAAGCAUUGGAUUGGCUGAUAUCAUCAAAUCUGAUCCGAGGAGGCGAAUCGGGGGCAGGGCCAGAUGUGAGUAACCCCAUGCGCCGCUGUAAAGUAAAGUUCAGUAAAUCACCUUUCUAACCAAAGUUAAGGGGGGCCGACCCCGGUGGUUUUAGAACUAUAGUGUCAGUAAUACACGUUUGUGUUCUUGACGCUAUAGUGCUCCUUUAAAACAACAAAAAUGUUGAAAACCAAAUUUCAAACACUGCAAAUAUUUGGCCAGCAUAAUGUUGAUUUGCAUCCCAAGAACAGAUGUCACUCGUUUAGGCAAAGAGGAUGUUAUGAAGUAGUAACCACCGAGUUUGAAAAACGAGCUGGUGUCAAUUAAUUUCCAGUGAACAUUGCAUAGGUCUCCAAAAUUCCUUCAUGCUUAGCUGAAGAUCCCCUCCUGACACGUCCAGGCUGGGUGACCUAGGAAUUGAGAAUCUUGUGUCUGUAUUUAGAUCAGUGCAACCAUUGGUGAACAGACUGUGAUUUGCAGCCGAUAUACCUUUAGUCUACAAUGAAUAAUUCUGAUCCUCCAUUUAAAUUACAACACUAUUUGUAGAUUGAAAUAUAACUGCUUUUUUUUUUUUGCUGCAGGCAAAAGAUACCUUGAUUCUAAAAGCCCAGGACCCUGACACAAAGAUUUUGGAGAAUGCACCUAAACCUAGAGGAAGGAGGCCACGGAAGAAAUUUCCUCCAGAUGGAACAAAGAAACCAGAAGUAGGAAGUAAGCCGCCGGAGCAAGAAGGCUCUUUUCCUUGCAAAAAAUGUGGCAGGUGAGUCCUGUGUGCAAUAUAAAACUAUAUUGCUGUUUUUCUCUAAUACUCAAGGCAGAAGCCAGGGACGAUAGAGCCCACCAAUAUUCAAGGUAUUGGCUAAAAGCAAAGCAGAAAAGAUGGAAAGUAACAGAAAAACGUUUUAACAGUAAUUAGUGGCUUAGGCUUAAAGGGACACUCUAAGCACCAGAAACCAUAUGCUUACUGUAGUGGUCGUGAUGCAAAGAGUCUCGGCAAUGUAAGAAAGACCGUGUUUGGAUUGCUUCCUAUGGCCACCUCUAGUGCCAACUGUUAUUGAGGUUAUUGAUAUAAUGUAUCUUCGGUGCAGUGACCCCCAAUGCUUCUUUAUGGAGAAGCAUUGAAUUAGCUGAGAUACUCAUUACUGAUGAUCUCUGCUGGGCUUAAGGCAUGGGGGCUUAAUAUUCUAAAUACGAAGGAAAGCACUCUAAGGUUAGAAGUAUGUUUUCAAUUCUAAUGUUAGUUUGUUUUGUUUUUUUUAACAGAAAAAAAAAUAAGGGCAAUGGGAACAAACCAAUGUGGUCAAAACACUUAAAUCUGAAGUCAGGAACUGCAGAAAAACACUAAUUCAACAUAAUAAGCGCUACGGAAUCUGUUGGCGCUAUAUAAAUGGCAAUAAUAAUAAUAAUAAUAACAUCACCAAGUCACAAAUAAAAAAAAAAAAAAAUCACAACAGCACAAUGAAUACAUUAUCAGACUACACAGAACUGUAAAAGGUUGCAAGACUUGCAAAUAAUCAUUGAACGGUGUAUGGUGAUGUCAUCAUCACUCUACGCACCAUAACUGGGACAGACAUUGUAUAAGGCAAGCAGCAGAAUCCUUAGUGAGGUUUUUGGCAAUAGAUUGGAAUGUCAGGGUCUUUGCACAAUUCUUUUGGUUAUUCCACUAGGGUUCUACAUUACAAUUGCAAGGACAUGGGGGCAUUUCUGUGUACUGUAACAAGUGAGAUGCUUUGAAUAGCAAGUUUCCAGAUUAAAAGGAGGCCCACUGAUGUAUUAAACUACGGUACAUCCCCUGUGUUGCAUGAAAAAUAUUUUACUCUAAUUUCUACAUUGUUUCAUAUCAUAUAUUUCCUUUUUUUUUUUACUUAAAUCAUUGCAAUAAAAUGUAAAAAAAAAAAAAAAUUCUCUCUUUUCUUAAUGCAGGGUGUUCCUCAAAGUGAAGAGUCGUAGUGCCCAUAUGAAGAGUCAUGCCGAACAGGAGAAAAAGGCUGCUGCACAGAGACAAAAUGAACUGGCGGCAGCGCAGGCUGCUUUACAAGCAAAAUUGCAGCGUGUUCAGAGCAGCGACAGCAGUAGCGAAAGCUGUGACAGUACUAGCAGCAAUGAAUCCUGGAACAGUUCAGAAGGAGAGAUAUAA